ACAAGGGCAGAGGAGGAGGCGGGAGCUGCUUCGCCCCGGACGGGCCGACCCCGUCCCGCCCUAUCCUCACCGUCGGAGAAUCGAAACCAGCGGUGCGCGGCCGCCUCCCACCGCGGAGCCCCCUCCUGUUCUUCGCCUCAGACCCGCGGUGAUGGAGCGGAGCCGUGCGCCCGGAGCACCGCUGGCACCCUACGAACCGCUCUCCGAGGGGCUGGACAUGGAGGGGCUGCCGCGGAGCACGGUGGUGGUGGUGGAGCCCCCGCCGAUGCCCCCGCCCCGCGACCACUUCAUCUGGUCCCUCUGCACGAUGCUCUACGGGAACAUCUGCUGCCUGGGCUUCAUGGCCCUCGUCUUCUCUGUGAAGUCCAGGGACCGCAAACUUCUCAGAGACUACAGUGGGGCCCUCAGCUAUGGCACCACCUCCAAGUACCUGAACAUCACCGCCCUGCUGCUCAACAUCUUCUUUGUCAUGCUCAUCAUCAUCCUGAUCACCAGUGGCACCAUCGUGGUGGCCAAUUUCAUCCAGCAGCUGCAGCAAUUCGAUGGCCCCACUUAGCCCUUCCCUCACUCCAAGUGCAGAGCAGCCCCCUUCUUCUGCCUGCCUGGAGCCCCCUCAUCCCUCAGAGCAGGGGACAUCCUCCAUGCCACCCACCUGAGCCUGCUGGGGUCCUGUCCCGCUUUCCUCUCUGCUUACCGUCCUGGAAGAGCCCUCUCUGGUGGCCACCCUGGAAGUGCCUGGAGACACCACUCCUCUGGCAGGAGCUGAGCACCCAAGAACUGGCUGCAGCAGAGGAACCGGUGUGCUUUUCUGCUUGCUGCUUCAUGCUGAUCUGGUAGCCCCAAGUGCCUUUGAGUAUAACCCUGAAGAGAAGGAUGAUCAGAGAAAACGUUUGGAGAAAACCUGGUUCAAAUAAAGGUUUCUUUCACUUUU